AUGCCCCUCGGGCCACCGUGCGCCUGGCCGCCCCGCGCCGCGCUCCGCCUGUGGCUGGGCUGCGUCUGCUUCGCGCUGGUGCAGGCGGACAGCCCCUCGGCCCCAGUGAAUGUCACCGUCAGGCACCUCAAGGCCAACUCUGCAGUGGUCAGCUGGGAUGUCCUGGAGGAUGAGGUUGUCAUCGGGUUUGCCAUUUCUCAGCAGAAGAAGGAUGUGCGGAUGCUCCGCUUCAUCCAGGAGGUGAACACCACCACCCGGUCGUGUGCUCUCUGGGAUCUGGAGGAGGACACAGAAUACAUCGUGCACGUGCAGGCCAUCUCCAUCCAGGGCCAGAGCCCAGCUAGUGAGCCUCUGCUCUUCAAGACCCCACGUGAGGCUGAGAAGAUGGUCUCCAAGAAUAAAGAUGAGGUGACCAUGAAGGAGAUGGGGAGGAACCAGCAGCUGCGAACAGGCGAGGUGCUGAUCAUCGUUGUGGUACUCUUCAUGUGGGCAGGUGUUAUAGCCCUCUUCUGCCGCCAGUAUGACAUCAUCAAGGACAAUGAGCCCAAUAACAACAAGGAGAAAACCAAGAGUGCAUCAGAAACCAGCACACCAGAGCACCAGGGCGGGGGUCUCCUCCGCAGCAAGGCCCUUUCUAGCCCAGUCAGAAAGGACAUCUGUGGUGUGAGGCACACCUUUGCAGUGCGUGUGAUGUUAUUGUUUUGCGGCUUGGAAAACAGAGGGCUGCACUCCAGAGGGCAGAGGCUUCUGCAGAGGCCGGGGCUGAUCGCUGGUGUCUCCAGUCUUUGCAGUGAGAUCAGGAUGGAUUCUGGGAAGACCUGGAAGAUAGCGUCUCGGCACCGCAGCAGCGUCAGCGUGGAUAACCGGAGGGGCACACCUAUGGCCUACACCCUGGGGCUGCUGAGCGACCUGCUGGAAUGCCAUUCACCAGACAGGAGCAGCUUUGCUGUCACUGCUGGCCUCUGGGUCUUUGGAUCUUGCCAUCUCAUUCAGGGUCCUCUGAGAGUUAUCCAGGGUUCCCAUGUCCUUCCCUAG